ACUGAAAAACAACAGCAACAGCGCCAACAUGUCUGAGGCUUAUUUCGAUGAAUACGAACACUACAACUAUGACCAGGAUAAAUAUGUAUUCUCUGGUCACAGCGGUAAAAAUCGUAGCAAGCGCGAGGCCCAUGAAAACACCAAUCAUUUCGAUCCCAGUGGACAUUCCAGAAAGUUGUUGACCAAAUUUAUGAACACCAAUAACAAUAAGAAAGCCGUUACGGCCGGAGGCAAAAACUGAGACGCAAU